UUUUUUUUUCUUUUUAAGUAAAUAAGACGAAUAUAAAGAUGAAUGGUUUAGAAAAUCAACUUUUUCAAUUAAAGUUUACAGCAAAGCAAUUAAAUAAGCAAUCAAAAAGAUGUCAAAAAGAUGAAGUAACUGAAAAAAAUAAACUAAAAAAGGCUAUACAAGAUGGCAACAUGGAAGGUGCACGUAUAUACGCUUCUAAUGCCAUCAGAAAGAAGAAUGAGUCUUUAAAUUUACUUAAAUUAUCCUCUCGUAUCGAUGCUGUGGCUAGUCGUGUUCAAACUGCUAUUACUAUGAGAAAGGUUUCUAAUUCUAUGGCUCAAGUUGUUCGGGGCAUGGGAAGAGCAAUGGAAACUAUGAAUUUGGAACAGAUUUCAAUGGUGAUGGAUAAGUUUGAAUCACAAUUUGAGGAUCUUGAUGUUCAAACAGGUUAUAUGGAAGGAGCUAUGGCGGGUACAACUACAUUAAAUACACCUCAAGAUGAAGUUGAACAACUUAUGCAUCAAGUUGCAGAUGAGCAUGGUUUAGAGUUACAUGAUACUUUGAAUGAAUUAGAACCUAGCAAAGUUUUGAAAGAGCCUAAGCAAAAAGAAAAAGAGAGAGAUGAAGAUAGAUUAUUAACAGAGAGACUAAGAGCUUUAAGACAAUAAAUUAUAUGUAUUCUUUUGUUACUUUAUAAUACAUACUUUAUUAAUAAGAAAUUACUACAUACACACCUACUUUGUAAAUAUAAUUUGUUCAUGAGUUUAG